AAGUGAGUGUGGCUGCUGAAGUGCCAAAAGGGAAAACUGUCUCUUAGGGUGUGAGGGAUGCUUUUGCUCCUUGCCAGGCACAAAGUUCCCAUAUGGACUAUAGCGUACCCCACCUGCUCUGCUCCUGCGGCAGCACCCCCUCACCCCCGCCGUGUCUUCUCCAGCCCUCACGGCCCAGGUCCGGCUCCAGCCUCACCCGAGGGGCAGGGGGAGGCGGGCGUGUAGGGAAGCGCCUUGCCCGAGGCGGCGGGGGAGAAGCUGCGGAACCGGGCAGCACCUCGCUCGUCUCUUCAGAGCGGGGCAUCCCCCACCCCUGCCUUGGGCUCUCCCGCCACUCCUGCCCUGCUUGCUACAUUUGGAGGGAAGCUGGCCCUGCCCUAUAUAAGAGCCCUGCUGGGGGGCUGGGUGUGCCAGAGCGGUUAGUGGGCUGCUGGACAUGGAGGCUAGGGAGGCUGCAGCAGCAACGGAGAAGGCGGCAGUGCGGACCCCAAAAUGCUCCCGCUGCCGCAACCAUGGCUUCGUGGUGCCGGUGAAGGGCCACGCCGGCCAGUGCCGCUGGAAGCUCUGCCUCUGCGAGAAGUGCUCCCUCAUCACCGAGCGCCAGAAGAUCAUGGCAGCCCAGAAGGCGCUGUGGCAUCAGGUGCCCGAUGCCGCUGUCAGGGUAGCUGUGGGCUCCGCUCCCGCAGGGGAAGACCUCGCGGCCAGUGCCUCCGAGCAAAGCAGCCACGUGGGGGCGAAGGGCGGCCAGCUCCCCGGCGGCGGUGACAAAGGCGUGGCACGCAGGGGUCUGCCGCCAGCUCCUGCCGGCCCUCCCUUCUGGGACUACGCUCACUCUGCUUUUCCUCCAGAAUACAUGGUCAACUCAGAAUACGUGGAGAGAGACCCUGCAAGAGUGUAUCCUGGCUAUUCCAGGAUGAAUCGUUACCACCCAUUUCCCACAGGAUUUGCCAUCAAUCGGCCAGGCUGUAGGGGAGCCCCAUCACCUCCAGGGAUAUCACUUCAGAAGGGCUUCCGACCUGUUCCGAGCAACUGUGGACCAGGGAAUGCAGCUUCUUUGUCAAUUCCAGAUGGAGGCGGAGAUUUCCAUCAGGCAUACUAUACUCCUCUGCCUCAGUUCAUCCCACAAGGUUUUCUGCCAGGAGUUCAUUACAUUCCACCUCCACUAUCGCUGAAUGUGUUUGCUGAAGCAACCAAGGAAGCACAUGGUACUGCAGCUGGCAGCCAGGAUUCAGGGAUGGUUUCUGAACCUAGCCAACCAUCUUCUUCCCCAGAAGAACCAAGCAGAGACCAAUCUGUAUGUUCUAAACAGUAAAUGGCCUGGAGAAGAGCAGAGUGGCAGGCAGCACUAUUUUUGUUAUUGAGGAGAGUGUUGGUUAAGAUAAGGCUAGGGUGACAGUUAGUUACUGAGCAGCCACAACAGCUAAAAGAAGGGGAUUAAUGUCUGCUCAAUUCAUGAUCGUGUUGGAGCUAUCAGCCUCACAGCUCUGCUCCCUGGCAGUGUAAAACCCUUGUUUGUAAAAGAGGUUUUCCAAAGUUGAGGUAAAUUGCAUCCCCCUUAAGCAGAUGGAAGCAGGAAAGAAUUACGACUUUAAUUUCUGGUUUCUUUGCUGAAGUUGGAUGGCUUCUUGGUUUUUGGAGUGAGGUCUCCAAGCCAUGUACACUCUCUAGAUUUCUCACGUUCAUGACAGUAAUCCAAAAUAUGUUGUUGGUGUAUCAGUUUGCUGUAACAGAAACCUGUUUCUGAAUAUUAUGGAAGAGUUAAGUGAUGUAGAGCCUGAAGACUGAGAGAGGAUGGGAAGACAGUAUGGGUUGGUGAUAUGUAAAUCAGGCUUCAGGAUUUUGAAUGCCUUUGACAGUUCAUACUUUAUUUCAGUGUUGUUUAACUCAGUACAGCUGAAACAGGCAGUACAAAUUUUUAAAGGGCUCACGCAGACAGCUUUAUGCACAUGGAAUGGAAGUACACUGUAGCAUAUCAAAGGUGUGAAGAGAUCUCCUAGAAACUAGGACAAAACACCAUUUAGAUAACAAUUGGUCAAAGCCAUACAUAUAAUAAUUUUCAAUAAUACUGUCUAAAUAAAGAUUAUAGGUGCAUUCCUCUUCUGUUUUGCCUAAAGAAAUUGUUUUUUUGUAUUAAGUGGAUCAAUUGUUAAUGUUGGAAGAAUGUUGGAGGGCGAACUUCUGGCUAAUUAAAAAGCUUUGAAUCAUUUGUUUGGUUUUGAUGAUUUGAGGCUUGCAUAUUUACAUGUAAUUCUUCUAGGUAAAUAUCAGAUGUUGCCCUGAGUAACAAAUCUGUCUGAAGUAAGAUUGAGGCUUCAGUACUUUUAUUCUGAAACUUCUGACUUUAGAUUCCUGCUACUGUAGUAGCUGGUACUGAAGACUGUAGAGGUGAGCGCAAUAAAAUAAACAUUCUUCUCUGCUACUUACACUAACAAUCCCUUGCUCAAUGCAAGAUGUAAAGUCAUUGUAUUAAGCUGAGAAAUCCCUUUUUAAUAUAGUAGAUGAGUGUUUUUCAGCACACAGAUCGGGUUUGGGGGGAUAAUCGGUGAAAGUGGCAAACUUAAGACUGCCAAGAGGAGAAAGUGAAAAAAACAUCUAUCUAUACUGAAUAAUCGGAUGUACGACUUGUUAUAUGCUAGAUUUACAGUAGCAUCUGUGCUCCCAGGAGUAUCCCAGAAUUCUUAAAACUGCCGUGUUUGGGAAAAACUGAGUAUUUCUGCCAGAUGUUUGAAUGGAGCAAAGCUCUUUUUCAGAAUAAAACAAUCUAUGAAUAGAAAUA